GUUAACCCCUAAGAAAAUUCAUCCAGAAUUGACAAAAGUUUACGGGAACUUUGCUCCUUCAAUCUCAACCGUUAAAAAGUGGGCAGCUGAAUUUAAACGUGGUCGCACGUCGCUUAAAGAUGACCCAUGUGAAGGACGGCCAAAAACUGCAACCACACCGGAAACUAUCGAAAAAGUCCACAAUAUCGUGUUGGACGAUAGGCGAGUAAAGGUGUGUGAGAUAGCUGAGGCCGUAGGCAUAUCGGAAGAAAGGGUGCGAAAUAUUUUGCAAGAAGAAUUAGGUAUGCGAAAGCUCUGCGCAAGAUGGGUGCCGCAUUUGCUGAACGCACCUGCACACAAAAAUGUGUUGGCAAUGGGAAAACUGCGGGAUUUGAG